AAUAGACCUUUCGUUUGAGGGGUCAAAAGUCUAAAUCGGUUAAGCGAAUAACAAGUUAUUAGCAAAUUAGGGUAAAAAGCGUAAAAUAAACGUCAUACGUAAUGUUUUGUUUACCAACAAAAGGCGCGGCGUUACAUGGUGCUAUCUGUGGACAUCACAACUAGAUUGACCACUGGAUCGACUGGAAGGUGUGCAGUAUUCAAGAAAACAAGUGAAUAUUUGUCGAAGAAACCAUGGUAUCUUUUCGUCAGUUAUUGUGUUUCGUGCUGUCAUUGCUAUCCUUCAUAUCCGUGUUCUAUUCCGUGGGGAAAUUGAGCAUUUUCCUGGCCACGCCCGUCCGCACACAAGAUGCAGCUUCCCAAACAUUGCCUACUGAACGCACAGAGUUGAGGGCGGCCUUGUUUUCGCUGCUGUUCAACUCAAUAUGGGUCGUAUUGUUUGUUCUGCAGCAUAGUGCGAUGCGAGCUGCUGUAGUCAAGCGUUUUUGGAAGGCAAUCGGCUUGGAACUGGCAGAACGAAGCAUUUACAACAUCGCGUCAUCGUAUUGUUUGCUGCUAAUGCUAAAGAAUUGGAAAUCAUCACCAACACAGUACUGUCUGUGGUUUUUCGACGUAGAGGAAAACCCAACACUCUGGUGGGUUCUGGUCGGAGCGCAUGUCCUAUCGUGGAUCGUCGUAUACGGUGGCAGUUUGAUGGUGGACCUGCCGGAAUUGAUCGGCCUGAAGCAUGUGUACUACGAUAUCAACGAUCUUGCGCCUCCGAUGUCCUACAAGUCACGCGAUCUGCAGGAUUACUAUCAGCGCUACCGUCAUCCUUCGUUCGUCGCCCUGUCCGUGGUGUUGUGGUUCACCAAUGGUAUGACAAUCGAUCGGAGCCUACUUGCGUCGGUGUGGACAUUGUACAUGUAUCUGGCAUGGAAUACGACCAAAGUCGAUCUGCAAUACCAGCAGCAUCAGCUCGAGCGCAAGCGUGCCGAACUAGCACGGGUCACCAACUAAAGCAAAUGCCUUGGAAAAAAACCAUUCGUGCUCUUCCGGUACUCAUUCACUUCGUCGUGCCCGACUAAUGACUGACUAAUUUAUUUUUGAAUUAUUUUAAAUCAACUGCCCCCAGAAAAGAAUGGUAACUAAUAAACUAACCAAA